ACGUAAGUCUUCACUUCCGGCAGUGAAAUACUGUAACAUUUGGUAAAGUAAUUCACUUUGGCCUGGCAUUCUCACUGAACUUAUGGUGAAACAGUUUCACUUUUUACUAGCGUACAAGUAGAAAAGGCUUCUUUCUAAAGGUUCUGGCUACCAGGCGACCUAACACCCCUAUGAGGUACUUCGACCUAAAGCAGUUCGCUGAAACUCCUACUAACAGCAGGGCUGGGAACAUUUCUAUUGCUCUUCUUGCCUGGGAUAUACGGUACAAGGGUUGGCCGUGGUUUGGUCCACCUGCCAGCGGAGUUUAAAGUUUCCAAGGCUCAGAAGAACACAAUGACUGGGACCAAACUGCCUAAAUGAGAAGAAGGGAAUUUCUGCUGCAAGGAGAAAGCCGUUAAACUCCCGCUAAACUAACCACCUCUUUCACGCGGCCAUGCACACGCCCGACCUCCUCUUUCACUGACCAGGGAUUAUUUCUGCCAAUCCAGGAUAUUCCGAAAGCUUGGAGACAUAUGGCUGGAAACUGAAACGACCCCGGAGUGUGGCCACAUCUUACUUUGUGUCGCGUGGUACCAGAUGGGCAAUCAGUGAAUGAGGCAGAGAUGUGAACGGACAGUUUUAUCAUGUGAAUUUUCCCCCCAUAACGCCAAAAACCAGACUUCGUUUUCCCUCUCACUUCUUUGGGUUUAUAAUACUCGGAUUUUCUCCUCUCUGCAAUAUCAAUUGACUCAACUUUGCAGUGGGGUGGCCAAAAGGGAAGAGGAUGAAGCGAUCUCUAAAAUCUUAGUAAGUGUCGGGGGAGCCACAGCACCCGGGAAACUGCGGCUGCGACCCGCCUGGUCCUGUGCGGAUUUCAGGGUUGGUAACAGCGCAAGCGGUUAUGGAGCGGACGGUGCACUCCAUCCGCCGCCGAGGAUAGAGACCCGGGCGCCGGGAGGGGUCGGUUCAUUUCGCCGCAGCCUCGGAAGCCGCGGCCGCCUCUCCUCCGCUGCGUUUCAUUACCAUUAUCCUCGUUCUUGAAAAGUCAUGGAAGACGGCCCGCUGCCAGACCUCAGAGACAUCGAGCUGAAGCUAGGGCGCAAAGUACCCGAGAGCCUAGUGCGCUCGCUCCGUGGGGAGGAGCCGGUUCCCCUGGAAAGGGACAGGGACCCCUGCGGGGGGAGCGGCGGCGGCGGCGGCUGCAGUAGCAGCAGCAGCAGCAGCAGCUGCAGCCUCCCCCCCUCCCUGUCGUCGUCCUCUUCGUCCUCUCCAACCUCUGGCUCCCCACGUCGUAGCCACUGCAGCGCCCUGGAGAGGCUGGAAACCAAGCUGCACUUCCUCAGGCGAGAGAUGGUUAACCUCAGAGCCACAGAUGUGAGGCUCAUGCGCCAGUUGCUUGUUAUCAACGAGAGCAUUGAGUCCAUCAAGUGGAUGAUUGAAGAGAAGGCCACCAUUACCAGCCGAGGAAGCAGUCUCAGUGGCAGCCUGUGCAGUUUAUUGGAGAGUCAGAGCACCUCCUUACGUGGCAGCUACAAUAGCCUGCAUGAUGGCAGUGAUGGGCUGGAUGGCAUCUCCGUGGGGAGCUUUCUGGACACUCUGGCAGAUGAUGUCCCAGGCCAUCAGACCCCAUCAGACUUGGACCAAUUCAGUGACAGCUCCAUAAUAGAGGACUCACAAGCACUGCACAAGCACCCCCAACUGGAUUCUGAAUACUACUGCUUUGGCUAAUGACCCAGUUUUUUGCAUGGGAUUGGUGUGCAAUUAACUUGUAUUUAUCCUUCUUCUCCGCUGCUAUCUUUUUGGUGUGAUUUUUUUUUUAUAUAUAUAUAUGACAACCUUUUUAAACGAAGCUUAUUUUGAAACUGCUUGAUGAUAAUUCUGUUGCUCCUAAUAUUUCUCAUCUGGACUGAUUGAUCUUUCUCUCGUACAUCUCUAUUUUUAUUUAUUACAAUGAUUUUUCUCCCUUCUUUACAGUGGCACAAGUAAAGUAGGGGGAAAAAGAAUAAGCAAUAAUUAUGUUUUUGCUUUUGUUUUCAGAGCAAGGGGUCAGGGAUUACCAAAAAAUAAAUCUUUGCUAAAUUUUACAAUAAACCAAAGUCUGACAACA